CAUAGACCAUAUUCCCACAUUGUGCAGUGGAGAUGGUGAGUGUUCCGGACGCAGUUGUUCUUCACGAUGGGGAGACUGUAGUCAAGGAGCAAAUGGGACCUGAGGACUGCAGCGAGAUGGCGAUGGAAGCUCGGUGUCGGGCUGGAGAUGAGAAGGCUGACCGGUGGCGGUCUCUGGGAAUCGUAUGGAGAAACGUUAUCCUCAUGGCCUUUCUGCACAUCGGGGCGGUGUAUUCCAUCCUUGUUAUCCCCAGAGCGAAGCCCCUUACCUGGGUCUGGUCCUACGUGUGUUUCAUCGUGACAGCCCUGGGGGUGACAGCAGGGGCCCAUCGGCUGUGGAGCCACCGCUCCUACAGGGCCAAGCUUCCUCUCAGAGUCUUCCUCGCAGCCGCCAACUCCAUGGCCUUCCAGAAUGAUAUCUAUGAGUGGGCAAGAGACCACCGUGUGCACCACAAGUUCUCAGAGACAGAUGCAGACCCCCACAAUGCAACACGAGGCUUUUUCUUCGCUCACAUUGGCUGGCUGUUUGUGCGUAAACACCGCGAUGUCACCGAGAAGGGAAGAAAGCUGGACGUCACUGAUCUCUUGGCUGACCCCGUGGUCCAGUUCCAGAGAAGGUAUUAUAAGACCUCAGUCCUGAUCAUGUGCUUCCUGGUUCCCACUGUGGUUCCCUGGUACUUUUGGGGUGAGACACUGUGGAACUCCUACUUCCUGGCAUCCAUCUUGCGUUACACGGUCUCGCUCAACGUCACCUGGCUGGUGAACAGUGCCGACAGCGAGAACCGCUGGGUCACCUUCGGAGCCAUCGGUGAGGGUUUCCAUAACUUCCACCACACGUUCCCCUUUGACUACUCUACCAGUGAGUUCGGCCUGCGCUUCAACCCCACCACCUGUUUUAUCGAUCUCAUGUGCUGGAUGGGCCUGGCCAGCAACCGCAAGAAAGCCUCCGUGGAAACAAUACAGUCCAGGAAACUGAGGACAGGGGAUGGGAGCUACGGAGCGGUCAACAGCACACAAGAUAAAGAAGCAUGAGUGGUGGUUCUCACUGAACCAAGUCGUGAUUGAGAAGUCCAUGGUGAGACGUCAAUAUAUUCUUAGACCGCCACUGCAUUAUGGUUUCUCAUUUGAUUGAUUGAUUUAUUUUGGGCUCAUUGAGAUUUAAAAUCUCAUUUUCACGAGCGUCCUGGCCAAGAUAGGCAGUGCCAAGUCAUUACAAAAAUGACAGACAAACAACAUGAAAAACUACAAGUAAUCUAGUAAAAACCAUAGAAUUCACAAGAGUAUAACAAAAUCAAAAACUGCAAAUUAAAAACAUUGACAGGUCAGGGAAUCAGUCUCAAGAUCAUUCAUCAGUCAUUUAAAAAUACCCAUCGGGAUAAGUUCUUCCAGUUUAAAAGUAUUUUGUAAGGCGUUCCAAGACGUUGGCGCAGAGUACAUAAAAGCCCUUUUACCAAAUUCAGUUCGGACAUUUGGAACAGUUAGCAGGAUAAAGUCCAGCGAACAAAGAGAGUACCCACCACAUUUCUGAACAAUAAAAAUGCCCAAAUAAAAAGGUAGUAAACCCAAAAUGGCUUUAUAAAUAAAAGUAUACCAGUGACUGAGCCAACGAGUGACUAGAGAAGGCCAGCCAACCCUGGUAUACAAAGUGCAGUGGUGCGUAAGGGUUUUGCAGUUUAAAAUAAAUCUCAAAGUGCCAUGGUAAAGGGUGUCAAUUAAUAUCAAACACUGAGCGGAAGCAUUCAUAUAUAACAUAUCCCCAUAGUCUAGUAAAGGCAUGAAUGUAGCUGAUACUAGCCCCCUGGCUUCAAAAGAAAAACAGGCCUUAUUCCUAAAAUAAAAUCACAAUUUCAGCAUACAUUUUUUGUAAGAUGUUGAAUAUGCAAUUUAAAAGAGAGGCUGUCAUCAAUUGGGGUGACAGGGUAGCCUAGUGGUUAGAGCAUUGGACUAGUAACCGAAAGGUUGCAAGUUCAAAUCCCCGAGCUGACAAGGUACAAAAUCUGUCGUUCUGCCCUUGAACAGGCAGUUAACCCACUGUUCCUAGGCCGUCAUUGAAAAUAAGAAUUUGUUCUUAACUGAAAAAAAAAAAAAAAUCCAAGAUAUUUAUAUGAGGUUACAACCUCAAUCUCCUUGCCCCUGAUAGGUAGUAAUAGGUGAAAGGUUCAGAGGUCUAUUUCUUGCUUUAGAAAACACCAUUAGUUUAGUUUUGUCAGUAUUGAGGAUAAGCUUCAAUUGACACAAGGUAUGUUGAACAGUAUAAAAAGCAGUUUGCAAGUUCUGGAAAGCUUUUGUAAGAGACGAGGCACAACAGUAAAUAACAGUAUCAUCAGCAUAAAAAUGAAGUUGUGCAUUUUGGACAUUUUUGUCUAAAUCAUUUAUAUAAAUAGUGAAUAAGAGAGGAUCAAGUACAUAGCCUUGGGGCACGCCAUUAAAGACAGACAAUUUAACAGGCAUAAGCCCAUCAAAUUGAGUGCACUGAGUUCUAUCAGACAUAUAGUUGGCAAGCCAUGCAACUGCAUGCUCUGAAAGACCUACACUCGACAAUCUCUGCCUUAGUAUAGCAUGAUCAACUGUACCAAAAGCCUUAGAGAGAUCAAUAAAAAGUGAGACACAGUGCUGUUUUUUGUCAAGGACUUGAGUGAUAUCAUUUAAAACUUUAAUGGCUGCUGUAAUUGUGCUAUGCUUCUUCCUGAAGCCAGAUUGGUACAUUUGAUAAAAUAGAGUUAGUAAAUAAAAACUAUUUUAGCUGUUCACUCACAAAAGGGUUUCAAGUAUUUUCACCAGGGGAGACAGCUUUGAGAUUGGCCUAUAAUUAUUUAAAAGAGUUGGAUCUCCCCCUUUUAAAAGUGGUAGGACAAAUGCUGAUUUCCAGAUUUUCGGAAUUUCAUUACAUACCAGGGUUAGAUUGAACAGAUAUGUAAGUGGUUCAGCUAUGAAAUCAGCUGCCAGAUUUAAAAAGCAGGGAUCCAGAAGAUCAGGACCUGCAGGCUUUCUCUGAUCUAAGGAUUUCAGGGCUUUAUGUACCACCUUUACUGAGAAUAGCAAAAAGCUAAAGGUUUGACCAGCUCUCACUGGUUCAUCCACACAGGGUUGUACAGAGACAGAGAAUCACUGAAUCAAACAGCCUACCAGAUGAUAAAAGUGCUCAUUCAGUUUUGUCAUAUACAGCAACAGAGUCGUUCAAAACACAUGACGAUAAUUAAUUAACAUUACUGUUACCAAACAUAGACUUAAUAGCCUUCCGAAACUCAUGUUUUGUACUUUGGUCUUUUGGAUCCCCGAAUUGUACAUUAUGUUCUGACACAAAGGUGUCGUUUUUGACUCACUGGUUAGUUAAUCCAAGGUUUAUUCUGGAAACCAAGACAACCAGACACCUUUUGAAAUCAGAAAAUCAAAUCCUAGCAUUGUUACUUACCUGUUGCAUGAGCUUCCACAAGCCAGGCUCUGCAGUACGUUACUAUGUGGAGAAGGGUUUCUAGUGCAGGGGGACUGGUGGGGAGGCAUUAUAAAAGAUGACCCCUGCAUUCAGGAUACACAUGCUGUUUAUUGUCAACGUUUUGAUUGUCGUGUCUUGAAAAAGGUCACCGACCGAAACGUGGACGGUAAAUGUCACAUGCAGAGGUAAUGGUGUAUGGGGGUUAACUUUAAUAUGUUUCGACAUGUUUACCAGAACGUGACGUAAGGGAGAGAGGAAAGGUCCCUGGUGUGUUCCCUCUAGCGUGGAAACUCACGUCACCUGUACCAAGUCCCCACCCCCCUUCAAUCCUUCAUCACAUUGAGAUGUCCUUAGGCGAUGUGAAAUAGGGCCACUGGUUGCGGGGAACGUUUAUUUUAUUCCCUUGCCUUACCAUCAAUCAGAAUGUAUCGCCUGUGAUGUAUAACUUGUCUGUUUCCCUCCACGUUCAGCUUGUCUGCGAGACACAGACAUGUGGAAUAAAGAAAAGUCUAAGUAGACGUCUGAGAAGCAGAUAGAUGAGUGAGGAGGUCAGAUAGAUGAGUGAGGAGGUCAGAUAGAUGACUGAGGAGGUCAGAUAGAUGACUGAGGAGGUCAGAUAGAUGAUUGAGGAGGUCAGAUAGAUGACUGAGAAGCAGAUAGAUGACUGAGGAGGUCAGAUAGAUGACUGAGAAGCAGAUGGAUGACUGAGAAGCAGAUAGAUGACUGAGGAGGUCAGAUAGAUGACUGAGGAGGUCAGAUAGAUGCCUGAGGAGGUCAGAUAGAUGACUGAGGAGGUCAGAUAGAUGACUGAGGUGGUUAGAUAGAUGACUGAGGAGGUCAGAUUGAGGAGGUCAGAUAGAUGACUGAGGAGGUCAGAUAGAUGACUGAGGAGGUCAGAUAGAUGACUGACGAGUCAGAUAGAUGACUGACGAGGUCAGAUAGAUGACUGAGGACUCAGAUAGAUGACUGAGGAGUCAGACUGAGUGGAUGAGUAUUACUGGUCUCUGACUGAUUCAGUCUUUAAUGAUCACAGUUCACGUCUAUGCUUUCAGAGAAUCUAACAGACCGUGGAAGAAGUGGCGGGUAGAUAUUCAAUAUAUCAGUCAAAGCAAGGCCGUACUGCAGCUUCCAUGGCGACGAAUUAGUUGAUAAAAAAACGCUCGCAGGAACAUUUCAGCGUUAUCUACUCACUAUGCUGAAAGUUCAGUCUCCACAUUUACACAACACCACACCACUACUCUCAGGUAUAAAACAGAAGUCUCUCGGUCAUGAUGUACUUCGUAGUGGGAGCGAUUCAGAUUUGAAUUUAAUACAAGAGACAGAACAUGAGAAAAAGAUGUGAGGUUACGAGAGCAUGUUCCUGAACUUUGAUCUAUCCCUUUGAUGAAUUGAUUCCACUCUAUUAUCAUGUGUAAGGAGUGAUAACAUUACCAUAGGACUUGUGUUACUGCUCUACUGUACUUUAUAGUAUUGUUGAGAGAUGAGCUCAUCUGUUGUAUGCCUGUGUUUUCCUCCCCCAGUGGUGGAAUUGGCUGUAUUUGUUUGUAUUCUGUACCUGUCUUGUGUGGGUUUUAUACUGUGUCGAUAUCAAUAGCCUAUAUACUUCUGGUUUAGUUCUAAUUGGACACACACAUACACACAUACAGUUGUGUUUAGCUAACCUUGUGGGGACACACAAUUGAUUCCCAUUCAAAAUCCUAUUUUCUCUAACCCCUUACUCUAAACUGAACCCUAAAUCUAACCCUUACCCUAACCUGAAAACCCAACUCCUAACCCUAAUUCUAACCUUAACCCUAAACCCCUAGAAAUAGCCUUUUUCCUUAUGGGGACUAGCAAAAUGUCCCUAGUUGGUCAAUUUUUUUCUUAGUUUACUAUUCUUGUGAGGACCCCUGGUUAAACUCAUACACACACACACACAUUAUUGUAUAACUAACCUUGUGGCGACACACAAUUCAGCCCCAUUCAAAAUCAUAUGUUCCCUAAACCCCUAACUUUACCCUAAUCCCAAAACCUAGCCCUAAAACUAAACCUAGCUCCUAACCCUAAUUCUAAACUUAACCCUAAACCCCCUAGAAAUAGCAUUUGACCUUGUGGGGACUAACAAAAUAUCGCCAGUUGGUCAAAUGUCCAUUUGUUUACUAUUCUUGUGGGGACCAGAUAAGUAAACACGUCCAGGUGGUGGAGUUUCCUUUGUAAAUGACUGGAUCCGGCUGAGAGGAUACAUAUGAUUAAACUGACGUGUGGGUAUCUGAAUGUCUAUAGUGUAUGAUCGUGCCAUUAUUAUAGCUAAGAGAAAUGAUUUAAUACAGAUGCUUUAUGUGUGUGUUGACUUUGUGCCAUGCGUUGGAGAGUGUUUUUUCAAUAAUCAACUAUCGUAUAGGGGAGAGUGUGGUAAGUUGAGCCAUUUUUGACAUUCAGCAUCACUCCAUCAAGGGAAAUAUAGUAAUGUUUCUAACAAAGAUACCUACAUACACUGAGUAUACAAAACAUUAAGAACACCUGCUCUUUCCAUGACAUAGACUGGCCAAGUGUAUCCAGGUGAAAACUAUGUCACUUGUUAAAUCCACUUCAAUCAGUGUAAAUGAAAGGGAGGAGGAAGUUGAAAUAAGUAUUUUUAAGCCUUGAGACAUGGAUUAUGUAUGUGAGCCAUUCAGAAAAAUGUAAGUGCCUUUGAACAGGGUUUAGGUAGGUGCCAGGCGCACUGGUUUGUGUCAAGAACUGUAACACUGCUGGGUUUUUCACACUCAACAGUUCCCCGUGUGUAUCAAAAAUGGUCCACCACCCAAACGACAUCAAGCCAACUUGACACAAGUGUGGGAAGCACUGGAGUCAACAUGGGCCAGCAUCCCUGUGGAACGUUUUUGACAGCUUGUAGGGUCCAUGCCCUAACGAAUUGAGACUGUUCUGAGGGCAAAAGUGGGGGUAAGGAUAUUGUGUAUCUUUGGAAAAAUCUGAAUUAAUUUUCAACAUUAGUUUUCAAAGCAAAGCUUGUCCAAAAAAAGUGGUAUCUUGACACAACUUACCCUGGGUAUGAGGUAAGUUGAGCCGCGGGACAGGAUAAAUUAAGCCGUCUACAAACUUCUGUACUGAAUGAAAUAUGACCACUACCUUUUCAAAACCAUUGUCUUUUAAUCAUUUUAAGCAGAUUUUAACACAGACUUAACACUUAACGAAGACUUUGUACUUUAAAAAACAACACUUUUAACAUAGGCCAAGCCCUGUUGUUACCUCAUAUCCCAGUGAUAAUGUCUUGCGUUACGCCUGGGAAAAAAAAAUUCAAUUGGCUCAACUUACCCCAUAGCCAUGAGCUCAACUUACUCCAAGGAAAACCUUUUCAUGCUGGUUUAGGACCUCAUAUUGAAGCUUAUAGAGCGCCUAACUGAUGUAUAGACCAAUCUUUAAAUUAUCUACUUUGCUUUAGAUACAAGCAUAAUUAAACCUCUAACACAAUAAAAUCAUUUGACCUAAUGAAAAUGUGUUUUUUGGACCAAACUUGCUCACCACUUUUUCCAUUUGGUUACUUCCUUCAGACUUCAUGAAACGAUGACCU